AAUCGUAACCUGUAACAAAAUGUGGACAGCAUUGAUCGUGUUUUUUGUCUUUGGAUUGACCAGUAAAAUUGUUUCAGCUUCGGAACCUAAAAAUUUACCCUCGUAUUUAACUGCUUGCAAGAAAGAUGCCCCCGAUUUUGACGCAUGCUGUUUAUCAUCGGCACGAGCAGGUUUACCCAGUAUAAUUAAUGGUGAUAAGGAAUAUAACAUUCCAAAUUUCAAACCAUUGAAAGUCGAAAAAGUAGAUAUCAAAACUGGAACUUUGAACCUCUUGAUUGAGGAUAUUAAUCUGUGGGGUUUGGAUGAGGCUGAUAUAAAAGACUUCAAAGUGGACCUUAAAAACAAUAAAGUAAAAAUCGACUUCCAUUGUCCAAUGAUUAAAAUCUUAGGAAAAUAUCAAAUGGAUGGCAAAUUGAAUUUACUUGCAUUGAAAGGAAAUGGUGAUGUCAACUUAACCCUAGAAGAACCAGAUUUCUUUUUUUCUACCAGCUACAAACUGAUAAAAAAAGGAGAUUAUGAUUACGUACAAUUGGAAGACGAAAAUGACAUAAGUUAUGAUAUUCAACACUUAUAUUUGAAUUUCGGAAAUUUGUUUAACGGAAAUGAACUUGGUAAAACAACAAAUGAGUUUUUGAAUAAGGAGUGGAAAUCUAUUAUAGAAGACUUAAAUCCAACCAUAAAAACUACGAUCAAAACAAUCGCAGUCUCUAUUAUCAACGGUUUUAUAACAAAAAUUCCUUAUCAAAAUUUGUUUUUGUGAUUGUCAAAUAAGAUUUUUCUUUUCUGAAUAAACGCUACAAGUUACUUUUUCCAA